AUGCCCGUCGCAAGCCUCUUCGAGCUGGCUCGACAGCGCCUGAUCAAGAACAUCGACAUGCUCCGAGACGUUGGCGAUCUACCCUACUCCUUCCUCCAACCGGUCCUCCGAUUCGUACAAAGCCCAGACCAGCUUCUCGAGCUCGAGACAAACUGCCCACAGUUACUCGGAGAGACGGGCGAGAUAUGGCUUCGCUUCAUCAAGCGGGACAUUCCGGACUGGGAGAAGAAGCCGCAUGAACCGCGCGACCCCCGAAAUUGGAGCAAGGUCUACCGCAAAUUGAAGAAAGAUGCCGAGCUGGAGAAAGAGGCCGAUAAAGAGGCCCUCAAACAGCAGAUGCAAGCGCUGCAGAAAGACCGCGCACAGAACAAGACAUUGAUCGUUGAAACCCGAUUCGGAUACGGCGCUGGCGCCAGUAAGAUGUUCACUGGCCGUACUACCAGCAGCUGGGGCCAACCCUCGGGUGCACCUGCGAAGACAGGCAAAGCUGCUUUCGACAAGUUGAAGCGUGGCAUGUUUGACCACGGACGCGAGCGCCCAAAAGCUAGCCACAUACCGCAACAUCUUCUAGCCCAGAGGAAGACCAUCGUCAGGCAAGCACCGGCAAGGAUGGUUAGGAUGGCGGAGAACGAGGCUCCACGAAAUAUGGUAGUGUCCAAGCAAGCCUCGGCGUCCGUUACCACCAAACCCGAAUCCCAGCCAACACCAUCGUUAUCCGCAAACCGCCCAAACAUCACACAGAGGCCUGCACCACAGCAGCGCAAUGCACCACCCGCUCGGACAUCGUUACCACCCGGAAUGUCGUUCAGCGCACCCAAACCAAGGGCGCCGAAUGGACAGUCGGCGGCUGAGCCAGCUCUAAAGAGAAAGAGGCCAGAGUACAACAUGUUUCACACAAAGAAAAAGAAGGUUUAA